GAGCCAAGAUGGCGUCUUUAAAUACAAACACACCGCUGCUUAUUUGUUUAUUGUCAUUUUCAUUGCAAAUUAGCGCUUCAAAGCUUUUAUCCGAGCCGUGUUACAAGCUAAUCAGAGACGGCAGGCCAAAUUCUGUCAGAACACAACCCCGCCCACAUGAGUAUGUGAAGGUGUCGGACCUUCCUCCGUCCUGGGACUGGAGGAACAUCCAGGGGAAGAACUAUGUGAGCGUCACACGGAACCAACACAUCCCCCAGUACUGCGGGUCCUGCUGGGCCAUGGGAGCCACCAGUGCAAUAGCUGAUCGUAUCAAUAUCAAGCGUGGAGGAGUGUGGCCUUCUGCUUACCUGUCAGUCCAGAACGUCAUAGACUGUGGGAAGGCGGGCUCUUGUUACGGAGGAGAUCACCUGGGAGUCUACGCCUACGCACACCAGAAAGGCAUUCCUGAUGAAACCUGCAACAACUACCAAGCUAAAAACCAAAAGUGUGAGCAGUUUAACCAGUGUGGCACGUGCUCCUUCUUUAAGUCAUGUGCUAUCGUUCAGAACUACACCGUGUGGAAAGUGGGCGACUACGGAGACGUUUCUGGAAGAGACAAGAUGAAGGCUGAGCUUUACACCAACGGGCCAAUCAGUUGUGCUCUCAUGGCCACAGAUGGACUUGAGAAAUACUCUGGAGGGAUCUUCAGAGAGUUUCACCCGCUGUCUCUGCCAAAUCACAUCGUGUCUGUGGCUGGGUGGGGUGUGACCGAGGACGGGACCGAGUAUUGGGUCGUCAGGAACUCCUGGGGAGAGUUUUGGGGAGAGCAUGGCUGGGCAAGAAUAGUCACCAGUGCGUAUAAAGGAGGAAAAGGACACUGGUUCAACCUGGGUAUUGAGAACAACUGCGCAUAUGGAGACCCCAUUGUGACAUAGAUGCCAAAAUUAACUGAUGGAAAGACUCAGUUUUUGUCAUUGCUGUUUUUAAAUUACUUUUUAUAAUUUAACAUUUUCUGAUAAUCAAAGGAAAAGUUUACAUUUUUAGCUGUUUGUUGUUUAGUUGUUUGGACAUUAUAGUAAAAAACAAUUAGCUGUUUUCUCUCGGCUGAUCAAGAAUGCAUAUACAAACACCAUGCCACUGACAUCUUGAGUAAUAACACAGGUGCAUAUCCAAGACAGUAAAAUAUACAUACAUAUAAUAUAUAUACAGCACUUUGUAAACAUUUGUUUUUAAAGGUGCUAUAUAAAUACACUUUCAUGUUUCUAUGAGUUGAGUAUGUCAGAUUUUCCGAGCAUGAAAACAUUUACUUUUUUUAAUUUUCCACAUGAACUCCCUAAGAGAUAUCCUUCUCGCAUAAAAUAAUAAAGUACUGGUUAAGUCCAAGUAAUAAUUUGGCAAAAUAAACUUGAUAUCAUGAGUUUAUUGGUUAUCUCUGAAGGUCCUAGAAAGACCUAAACCCUAACCCUCAGACAGAGCGAGGUUAUCUGGUAGUUUCCAAUCUUUAUGCCAGGCUAAGCUAACCAGCUUCUGGCUCUAUCUGCUGUAUAUAUUCAGAGUAAAGACAUGAGAGCUGCAUUGUUCUGUGAAAGCAAGCAAAUCCAUUCAUUUCCCAAAAAGUCAUAUUGUUCCUUUAAAUUACAGGUUCAUCACAUUAGUAGGAAUUCAACAGAUACAAAUGUAAACCUUUUGUGACAGAGUAGUUUAUGUUAUGUUAGAAAAGCCAUUUUAGAGUUAUCCUUUCAAAUCUCCGUCUGACAGACACUGAAGUUUCAUAAAUAUUCUAAUACAGAAUCAGAAGAGUAUUUCUAACGCCAUGCCAAACAGGAAAAUAACUACAUGGACGGAUGAAUGUGUUCAAUUUUCAGCUCAAAAUAACUCCUCAGUCUGCAAAAAAACUGCAGCCUCUUCACUUCAGAGCCAUUAUCACACAUUUCUAAGAAGACUAUUUAUUCCUUUAAACGACAGGUGAGCUGAGUCACUCACUUUAAAUUCACCUGUGGAGAGACAGUUUUGGCAGGACUGGGGAAAAGAGAGGCUCACUCUGUUACAUUUUGACUUGACACUCUGUACAAAAUCCCCUCAAACAGUUUCUAAUGAGGGCGGGGGGCUGCAAGACUAAUUCAACACAGAGUAAGGGAGAACGAUUACAUACUGUACUUCGCUGACAUCACCUCCCUGUAACUCAAACGAGGCGUUCUUUUGUCUUAAAAUUCAAAACCUCCUCAUAUGGAAAUGUCUCCUUUCUCUGUUUCUCUUUUGUUAAGUUAAUGGCUGAUUGUAUUGAGUCUCUCUUGAAGCUCUGAGUGUGUGUUUGUAUCACAAGCAGUUAACGUGUGUAAAUCUUACAACUUGAAGGAAACAUUUUCUUCAUGGAUUAACUUGUAACAUUAUUCUUUCUAGUCUUAAACCAGCUAAAGGUAUUCAAUGUCUCAUAAAAGCAAACAUUAAAAAAUAUAUAUUAGAACUCGUUCUUUAAGCUCCACUUUGGUUUCUGUUGGUUUUGGCAUGUUUGAAGUGAUGCAUCUUACCCCCCCCCCCCCCUUUAUCUUGCCCCCUACAUGUGGAAGUAGCACUUUGGUUUUUUAACAGAAAAACUCAUGCUCUUACAAGAAAUAAACGACAUGAUCCAUGUUGUAUGUGAUGGUCAUGUUUGUUUUUGUAGGUCACAUAUGAGACAUCACUAUAAAUUGGAGUCUGUUUCAUAAGCAGCUAAAAACUCACAGGAGCUUUAAAGGUGCAUCCAAUUUAUAUAAAACGUUCUCAUCUACGGUGACAUGGCAAAAUACACCAUCUUAAAUGUCUGCAUAUAUCUUACUUGAGUAUAACAAACUGUUUCUGGGUGUUACAGUAGACAGUAUGGAAAGCUAUCAAGUGCAACCUUUAACACUGAUAAAUCUGAAUUUAAUGCA